CUGAAUGUAACAGCGCUAUCACCACCAUCACAGCCAGCGUCUCCCUACCAAGGUGUCCACUUUCGGCAGCUAGCUGUUGUUUUUACCUCGGGUUUUAAUUGAAACAUUUUGAUACUAACUUGUACUUGACACCUCUGGACGCUUGCUGCCAUGAAGGAGAGCAGGAUUUUUGUGAUUUUCUUGGUGCUUUCCGCCUCUCUUCUGUGCACAGCCGAAGCGGGCAGGGGCAGGAGCGGCAGCAGCAACCAGAACAGCUUCAGACGGGCAGCUAACGGGAUCUACCAGACUCUGAGCAGCGUGUUCGGAGAGGAUAACAUCAGAGCCCUGUACAAGUUUUUCUCCAAAGCAACAGAGCGUUUCGUCCAUGGAGUGGACUCUUUUAUGGAUACCAUAUGGAAGAUCUGGUCAGAUCUGCUUGAUGUGAUGGGAAUUGAUUCAUCAAACCUCAGCCACUACUUCAGCCUCACGUCUCUAAGCAACUCCCCAGCACGCGCCUUGCUUCUGCUCGCUGCCAUACUGUUGGCCUACUGGUUCCUAUCCAUGUUCCUGGGGGGAGUGUUUUAUCUGCUGCACGCAGUUUUUGGACGCUUCUUCUGGCUGGCGAGGGUCAUACUUUUCGCCCUGUCCUGCCUCUACAUCCUCCAGAAGUUCGAGGGCGACCCGGAGCGAGCCGUGCUGCCUCUGUGCUUCAUCAUGGCUGUGUACUUCAUGACAGGACCCGUUGGAGCGUACUGGCGUCGAGGAGGCGGGGCGGGCACGCUGGAGGAGAAAAUUGACCACCUGGACACUCAGAUCAGGCUGCUCAACAUCAGGCUGAGCCGCGUCAUAGACAGCCUCGAGCACAGCGGGGAGCAGUAGACCCGCAGCAAGGAGAAGGAUCAGGCUUAACCACAAGUAUUUAACUCACUUUCCUGAUAACAUCUGCAGGAAAACAACCACCAGGUAUUUACAACUCAACUGUCAGGUGGGAUAAACUAAGAUCUGAACACAGGGUUUUAAAGGCUUGAGUCGAUUAUUGGAACAUAAAUGUAAAAUUUCUCUAAGAGUUAGACACGUCAACCAAACCAAACAUUUUUGCUUGAUUAUGGUAAACAGAAAAAAAUUGGGACAUUUUUUUGUACCUCUGUAAAGAAGUUUAACUGUGAGCUCUCUUUCUCUUUCACACAUCUUAGCAACUUAUAACAAGCUGUCAAAUGAUAGAUUUAUUUUUCUUUUGUUGAAGUACAUAGAGUGCUCAUGCUAAGAAAAUAAACAUUUUAUAUUUAGAUUUUUGCCCUUUUGAAACCCCUUGAAAUCUGUUUGAAACUACUGUAAAAAAAAUAAUAAUAAUGUGAGCACGAAUGCCUGACUUGAAUUGAGACAUUGUUAUUUCUGAUAUGUAAAGAUGUUGUAUAGUUGUCCACAGUGAGAUUUAUUUAUUUCAUCCAAACAUAUUGAAAUUUCUUCUGAUUAAUGACCAUCUUGUGGCGAAUGUGACGUCCAGACCUUUCUUUUGUGUGUGUGUUUGGGUACAUGAGUCAAUGCCGCAGUGACCUGCUCCAGUGUGUGUUUGUGGUCAGACAUGGGAAUUGGAAAAACAUUGCAUCUAAAGUCACAUUCUGAUGUGGAAACCAUACAGAGAGCCAGCAAUAUCUCAGGGACUCACUCAACACAUAAUGAAAUAUGAGUUCUAUUAUAAGUCACGUUUUUGUUUCUUGAAAUCUGUGUGUGUUGUGAAGUUUAAUUUAUGCAUACCGUCCACAGAAAUCCUUCUUUUAAUGUUGUACUUGUUGUGGUGACUCAAAUCGGGUCAUGUUUUUAUCAUAUCCAUGCUCUAAUACUUUGAGUCACAGGAUACUGGCUAAUUGGUCUUAGAAAAAUCACCUUUUUCAGAACACAGUUUUUAUUGUAUAUCUUUUUUUUUUAAACUGAAGGAUAAAGGGCCUUGCACAAGUCUGGAUAGUUGGAAACUUUCAAUGGGAAUCAUUGGGAAUUUUUUGGGAAGUAACUAUUAACAGUAAUAUUUAAAAAUGUUAAACGUCAGCUCUUAUCAGGGAUUUCAAAUAGGGGGUUAUUUUAGCAUAAUUUUGAAUACUUUUGACUGUAUCUAUGCAGUUCCUCCAUCACAUGCAUAGGGGGAUGCUGGAAUCCAGUCGUUUCCCAUUCAUUCCCCAAAUUCCUAAUUAAAGUUUUGAAAUUACUCCAAAGUGGAAAUUGCUGAAACAUUUCUGUAAAUCUUGUUUUCAACUUGGUUGAACUUGAUUGAAAACAAGUUUCAACCAAGUUGAAACUUACUCAUACUUGAGUAAUAGACACUAUUACCCAACUAUCUAUUACUUACUUACUCAACUAUCUAUUACUUAAGUAUCUUUUACUCAACAGAUACUUGUAUCACUUCAAUCAUCUUUAAAAGAAAGUGCAUUUGAUCUCAUUUUGUGGCUUUUAAAAGUUGCAAAUCCAUCCAUAUUUUCUGUACAAUGGGUUAGAUUUUAGUGAGUUUUGUCUUAUUGGCCAUUUCCCUGGAGACAUUUCUUUACACCUAUGUUUUAUAGCUUUGGAGGAGUCAUUCAAACGUUGUGAUGGUAUAAGACCCAUAAUGCAAGGCAGCAAACAUCCCCAGCUGAAGGUAAAUAAAUGAAGGUUUAUUUAGGAAAUUAAAAUCAAAAUGUUUUUGCAACUUUAAUCACUAGCAUCUCCUUCCUUAACAUGGGAGCAUGCCAUUUUAAUGAAACUCUGUUUGAAUGCAGGGAUUUUGUUAGUUUGCUUAAAUCAGUCAGCUGUUACAGUAGUGAAGGUGAUGAAGUUGACCUAGAUGCACAAGCAAUGGUCUUGCAAAACACAAACUGCUCUAUUCAACCUUAUUAUGUUUUUAAUGUUUUUAUACAUUUAGUUUUAGUUCUAAAUCAUCAUGGACUUUAAAGUCUUAAGUUUGAAGUGCCUUACAAAAGUAAUGAUACCCCUUGAACUUCUCUACAUAUAGUUGUUACAACCACAAAAUGUAAUGUUUUGCAAUUUUGUGAAACAAAGUUGUGCGUAAUUGUGAAGUGAAAUUGGAAAGAAUAAAAUUCAAUGUUUUUUGUUUUGUUUUACAAAUAAAAAUCUAAUUUAAAUCGAACCCUCCGAGCCUCUUACACAGCUUGUAGAAGCUUCUUUGGCUGAAGGUAUAAUAAAUCUCUAACAGAUUUGAAAUUUGUCAUAAUUUGCAGAAACUAGCUUAAGUUCAGCCAGAUAAGAUGGGAGAGCAACUUUCAAGUUUUGCCACAGAUUUUUAAAUUUAGGUUUGGGUUCUGAUUGGGUUAUUCUCAGACAUGAAUCUGCUUUGAUCUGAACUAUUUCGUUGCAGCUUCGGCUGUAUUAUCAUUAUGUGUUAUUAUCAUGCUGAAAGGUGAACAUUUUCCUCCAGCUUCUCUAUCCAUUAUGAAGAAAUGCAUCCCUACAGCAUGAUGCAUCACCAUUCUGUUUGUAGUUGAAAUGGGACAAAAUGAAUAAGUUCAACGGGUGGAUAUUUUUGUAGGCACUUGCAGAAGAACCCGUAUAAGUGACCAUUCAAUGCCAGUUGCAGUUUAUUGCAAGUCUACUUGACCCUUAGAUGAUGAGCUAAUGUUAAAAAUAUCACUUUGCUCUGUAUUCUUGAUUUUGAAAGUCCAGGAUUGAUUUUCUUCUUAGCAGGUUUGGUAGUGCUGCACAAUUGUUAAAAUCCAUAAGAUAACGUUUUGUGGGAUAGAUCCACAUUUUCCUCACUGUAUUUCUCUGUCAUUGAGAUGAUUCCAGGUCCCUCUGUUAACUUUAGCAUCUCAAGGCAGAUAGACUCCACCCGGCAGGCUGGGUUUAUUAUUGCCAUGCAUGAAGUCAGGAAUCUCGUCAUAUAGCAACCUAGAAAUAUCGCAACCCAAAGAGUCCUUUCUUUAUAUUCCCCAAUUAAAAGUCUUAACAUUUUGUGGCACCACUGGCAUUUAUUCAGUAGUAGUUUAAAAGCAUGUUGUCUCCGAACCUAUGCCCCUAACAUAUGCUAAUAGUUUGGUAAUUUAUUUAUUAAUUUUUUUCAUUAAUACGUUUUUGGUUGGAUGUUUGUUUUUUUUGUGGUGUUCACUGCUGGCAAGCAAUCAUUUACAUCCAAAUUUUAGAUUUUUCUUGUUUUGCCAAAACAUUCCCACCCUGCUUGCUACAUAAAAAAAAAACACCCAAGUUAUUGAACUGUUCAUUGUCAUGUGAGAUUUGUUGCAUGCUGCCUUUAUCUUUGGAGAUUUCAGUUUUGCUUCCUGCGUCAAGAUUUUAACGAAUGUCAUGAGAUCAGCCAGAAAUCGAUUGUUUUUGGGUUAUGUUACUGUAUAAUGCAGCUUGUGUUUCUGCACUAUUUAUUUACACUGGAGACUGGGAUUUAUUGACCAAAUGAUCAUUCUUGGUUUAAAAAGAAAAAAAGACUGGAUACAAUCACUGUUUUCUCUUUCGAUAAUCACUGUAGUGUCUCUGAAAUGGAGAUACAUAUUGAACUAUGGGAAUCAAACACUUCUUUUCUCUUUAGGCAGCUGACGAGAGAGAUGGGCUUAUGAUCUAUUGAUGGCCUACAGAUUAAAUCUGUAUUUACAUUCAUAUUUCUGAAGAAACGGAGCUAAAUGUGUGCUUUAUCAAGGUACUUGGUGACUGAUAACUAUUGUUGACUGGUGUUACCCAAAUAUACUAUGGAGAAUUGCAAUAAUCUGUUUAAAUUCACACCUAAACCUGUAUAAUACUAUUACAGCUGGGUGAGGAUUUGAAGCUCUUUCACAUCUUUAAAACACUUGAGAGCUUGUAAGGUAUUGUGUGGAACAUCAUGCCACUAAUUAUAAAUGUUAUCAUGAGCCACUUACUGUAGAUGCUGGUUGAAACCAAACAGAUUCCAGUGUUGGCGUCUGUCAGCAUUAGAUUCAUUACUUCACCCAGAUGUUUAUUCUCUUGUUUAGAGUGUAUAAUGAAUGGCUUUUAAGUCCAUUAAAUUACUGUAACCCAACUGUGUCUAUUAUUUCAAAUGGACUUUAUAUCUUGUGCCAAUUUUUAUUACUGUAAGAACAUUUGAUCUUAGGCUUUUUAUUAUUUACGUUAUUUUAUGUUUUGUUUUUUCUUUAUCAUGUUAAGUCUUCUGUACUUGACUCCUGAUUUCUUUUUUGUGUUUGGGUGUGACUUUAUGAACAACUUUGUGGAAAAAUAGCUUUUUGAGCAAAGAUGAGGUUCAGAUUUGAAUAAACACAUGUAUAACUGAAAA